AUGCACUGCAAUUGGCUGUUAAGACUAGCUGUGGCUGUGCUGCUGCUGCUGCAGCUGCCGAGCGGCGAGGCGAGGCGACGUCAUCGGGCGCAUAAGGUGACGUUGAACAGGGAGACGAAGAGGGAGGAUCGAUUUUCAUUACUUCAAUUCGAGAUCCCAGCACUGCGAGCCAAACUAAGGAUUAAGACGAAGCCAACUCUGCUACGAGUGAUGGCAACGCAAAACGGGAAAGAAGAGAGCUUAGUGAAACUGCCUCUGACCAAUGCCUACAACACGGAAUACUUUGGCAACAUCAAUAUCGGCAGCAAUCAGACCUUCAAGAUACUCUUCGACACGGGCUCCUCGAAUCUGUGGAUACCCUCGGUCCAGUGUCCAGCCGAUAGCUGCUUGCAUCUGCAGCGCUACAACAACAGCCUCUCGAGCAGCUACCAGGCCAAUGGCAGCGCGUUUCAAAUCCAAUAUGCCACGCGAAACAAUCAGCCAACCAUACUGAAGGGUUUCCUGUCCACGGACACUGUGGAAUUAGCUGGGCUUGUUAUCAGGAAUCAAACGUUUGCGGAGAUCACAUCGCUGCCGCCGAACGUCUUCAAGAAGUCCAACUUCGAUGGCAUCUUCGGACUGGGCUUCAAAGAGAUCUCGAUCGAUGGCGUCGUCCCGCCCAUGUACAACAUCAUCGAGCAGGAGCUGAUUGCCCAGCCCACCUUUUCUUUCUACCUGAAUCGCGAUAAUAAUGGCACCAUCGACCAGGAGGGAGGCAAACUCUUGCUGGGUCCAAGUGAUCCCACGUUGUACAGCGGUUGCAUGACCUAUGUGCCGCUCUCCAAGAUCGGCUACUGGCAGUUCACUGUGGCCAGAAUCGAGCUGGGCGACAAUCUGCUCUGCAGCAAGUGCGAUGCCAUUGUCGAUGUGGGCACCUCGCUGAUUGUGGCGCCACCGGCGGUGCUGAAGAGCAUUAAUGCCCAGCUUGGCCUGACCGAGGCCGAUAAGCGCGAGGGCGUCUAUACCUUGCCCUGCUCUCGUGUUGCCACGCUGCCCAAGCUCACCUUCAACAUCGGACGACGCGAUUUCGUUUUAUCGCCAUCCGAUUACAUUGUCAGAUUCAAGAACGUCUGCGUCUCCGGCUUCACCAGCCUGGACGAUGGCAGCGCCGAGCUCAAGGACGACAACGGUAACGACUAUGGCAACAUAUGGGUGCUCGGCGAUGUCUUCAUGGGUCCCUUCUACAUGGAGUUCGACAUGGAGUACAAACGCAUUGGCAUUGCACCUAAAGUAUAGACUUU